GAAGUCAAUUAAAAAGAAAACUGUCAUCGAAAUCCGCAACAUAACCUAAAAUUAUCAAUUAGUUUUAUCGUAUGUUGUUUAAUAAUUACAUCCAGAUAAAUAGCAGUAGUUACUAUGCUCGGAAUACGUUCGCUCCUAACUAAAGCGUCUGUAACUGUGCCUGAUAUAUUUAGUCAACAAACACGGAACACAUUCAUUCUAAAACGGAAAUGUCCUCCGCCACUUGCCAAGAAGGGCGGCAGACCUUCAAAGUUUCGUGCGAGGCACUUUAUUUACGAUUUAGUACAAGACACCAAUGUGCUGAAACAACCAGACUUAAAAGUCAUACUUACGCAAUUUGUUGAUGGUGUUGGCAAUCCUGGUGAUAUUCUCACAGUACGACCUAAUACAGCCUACCGUGACUUACUACUGCCUGGUCUUGCAGUGUAUGCUAAUCCUGAAAAUCUACUUAAAUAUAAAGUUGAUGAAGAAAAACCUAAGGUUGAAGUGAAGUUCAGUUCUCCUUAUGUACAGAGGACAAUGAACUGCCUAUCCCGACUAGUACUCCAAAUAACGAUGAAUAAAUUACAACCUUGGACAUUGGAACCCUGGCAUGUUGCUACGUCUUUCCGCAAGGCAGGAUUCAUAGUUCCCGACUAUGCAAUAGAAUUGCCACCAGUGAAAAUUACUGGACCAGACCUUUCCUUGCAAGAUAAAGAGUUCUAUGUGACUGUGACAAUAAACAAAACUGAGAAGGUGAAUGUGAGAUGUCGAAUCCACCACUGGGCAACUGGGCUAGAACGACUCCCAUGGGAAGAGUUCCACUGGAAGAAACCUAAACAAGCUCUCAUCCCAGAACAAGCUGAAGUACUUGAGAAAAUGCCCUUACCAGAAUAGACAGAUAAGAUAAAGUCAGUGAAUGUAGGUCUAAUCAAAUUAGUUUUUUUAAACAAUAUAUUAAAUUGAAAAUGAGCCUUUUA